AUGGAAGACAAUGCCUUCUCCCGAACUCAUUUACUGUUUAAACUUCAUCUUUCUCACACUAAAUUUCAUAGAAUUCCAAGUGCUAUUCGUAACACCAAGACUUUGGAAACACUUGAGAUUGUGAACGGUAACUUAACUGAGAUUACUACUGAACUUCAAUCAAUGUCUGAACUUCUAAAACUCUCAUUGUCUCACAACAAAAUAAGUUCAUUGCUGGGCAGUGCUUUUUUGGGUGAUCUAAAACUCCGAUCAAUUAUUCUAACGAACAAUAAGUUGAGUAGUUUGGAUAAUAAAACAUUUGAUCCGUGCCCAAGUUUACAAUUGGUUAAAUUGGACAAGAACAAUCUCAUAACAGUUGAUGGUUUAUUUCAAAAUCCAAGUUUGAUGAAUAUCGAUUUGAGCUUUAAUGCAUUGUCAACCAUACCUGAAGAUCUUUUCAACAAUUUGGAAAAUAUGAUGGUUAUUAAUCUUGAAGGCAAUUUCAUAAGGAGCAUUGGAAACUGUUUCGCUCAAAGUCAUCGUUUGGAAUAUAUCAAUUUAA